UAUUUUGUGCCGGUAGUGAAUAAUAAUAAAAUAAAAAGGAAUAUUUUAUUAAUUUAAUAGAUUUAAGAAAAAAAUAGGAUUUCCAAAUGACCCAAGUAAAUGCAAUGAAACAAAUCGGAUCCCGAAAUAUGGGUUUUCGUGUUGAAAUUAUGGAAUGGAGUAAUAAAAUGGAUUUAAUUGCUAUAGGAAAUGAAAAAGGUGAAGUCAUCAUCCAUCGACUGAAUUGGCAAAAAAUAGUAACAUUUUCUGCACCGACAGACAAUGCAAAAGUAAGAGCUCUAAGUUGGCAGCCAGACGAAACAAUGAUUGCUGUGGGUUAUAGCAAUGGCAAAGUUUCCCUACUCGAUGUCGAAAAAGAAGAAGAAGUCUUCUCCAUAGAAUAUUCCGAUGAAAUCCGAACAAUCUAUUGGACGAAGCCAAUCGUCGCAAUAGAAUAUCGUCAAGCCUAUCGAAAUCGUUCUGAGCUAUGUCAUGCGUUUUUUCUACCCGCUCUUCCCAAUUUGAAUGCAUUAUCUUCGACAGCCAAACGCAACGAAGAUCACAAAUCCUUUGCCAAGGGAUCUCCGUGCUAUCUAAUUGUUUGUUUGUGUUCUGGAAAGAUAUAUCUUCAAAUACUUGGAGUGCUACCAUGUGGAGCUAUCGAUAUAUCAGAACAUAUUGAAAAAGUAGAUAAUUUUAAGAUAAUAAACAUUCGUUUGAAUGCAACUUUCGAUGGUAUCAAUAUUAUUGUCAACGACGGAGGUUGCAUUAAGAUUUUAACCUUUCUCAAUGGAAUUCUUCAUUCUUCUACCUCGCCUAUGCUUUCGUUGGCUGCUAACUAUGCUCAUGUUUUAGAAACACAAAAUUAUAUUAAUGAUACUAUCCAAUGUAUGGUUGAAGCUUGGGAAACGGUUCUUUUGGAAAUGGAUAAUAAACUAACAAAAUACGCGAACUCACAACCAGAAGGAUCACUUUCUGCAGACUUUUUGGAACUCAUGAUGUUUGGCUAUGCGUCCACUGAGUUGGAACAGUUUUUAACAAAUGAAUUAACUGAAAAAGGAAUAAAAAAACUGGGCAACUCAAUUGAAUUGAGUUAUUCAACAAUCCAAAACUUGGUUACGAAGCCACUCUUAAGUGCAACAAUUAAUAUGUGUUUUUUCUUAAACACUUUCAAAGGCAUGAGUAGAAAUACUUAUUCUUAUAAGGACCUCGUUACUCCAGAAGCAGCCGAUGAAGCUGUACGAGCUUGUGGCGCAUUUCUAAUGAAAAUCCUCGAAUUGCAACAAAUCAUCGAUCAGUGUGUUAAUGAUAUGAAAAUCUUCUUUUGUUGGCUUUGUGUGGCUAUUGCGAGAUUAAUGAAUGAAACUGUUCCCGAAGAGAUGUCACAGGUUUCACAAGAGGACAUCAUUCAUCUGGCUGAAUAUUUGAAUAAUUUUGAUGAUUGUCUUCUGCAGAAUGAUGAUGGUUCUGUGACAAAAAGAAAAUUCAAUCUUGAAAAAGUUGGUCAAUACUUGGAGAAUGAAGAACUUCAGCAACCAGCCAAAUGUGAUACCCAUCAUCGAUGGAAUAAAUUACUCGAAGAAAAUGAGUGCUUAAAAAAUUGCUCACUCAUAAUUCCACACGAUCAAAAAUUGUCCCUGAUUCAACAGCGUGACAAAAUGUUAGAUGCUGUUAGUAAAGUCUUUACCAAACCAAAUUCCAGUGUUUCUACUGACUUUAAUCAUAUUUCCACUUUGAUUUGUUCCCCCGAGACUGAAACACCACCUGAUUUUGAAAUAAAAAGCACAUUCAUUGCUAGCAAAGCUGCUCAAGUUGAUAUCGUGGCAUUAACAGUGGGCCCAGAUGAAUUUUUGGUCAUAGAAUUUCAGCUAAUAACUUCCGUUGUAAAGUGCACUCGUUUGAAUCUCAAACCAAGUCCAUUUACGCCUGUUCAUAUGGCACAAACCUAUAAUAAUUUGACUGUUGUUGAUUUGCAAUUUUACAACGACUCAAUUUUGUCGUUGCUAUUACAAAAUACAAACCAGGCGGAUCGUGAUGGGAAGACGCAAAGCUAUUUUGUUCAAAUGCCAUUGGAAGCAAUAAAUGAGAAACAUUCUCAGCAUCAAACUGCGGAGCUUAUUUAUCUGGCUGAUCGUUCGUUGUUCCACAGUUUACUGGAUAUUGUUGAUAACAGUUUUCUGAAGGCGGUCGAUGGCACUUGUACUGGUAUGGCUGUGUCUGGUAGUCGAAAGGUUGCAGCUGUUUUGUCAGAAAAUUGCAAAAAGAUAAGUAUCUACGAGAUGGAAGUUGAAGAUGAUGAAGAUGACGUGGAAAUGUCCCAUAACUCAUUUUUGGACACAAGUAAAGAAUCAGCUGUGUCAACUGAAUAAAUUGAUGAUGAGAAUAAUGAGUUUUUUAAAAAUAAGAAUGUACAUAUAAAAAUUAAAGAAAGAAAUCCAA